AUGCUAAGGUUAAAGGCUACUGAUAAGAGUAUAAGAUCUUUUGUCUUUGACAUGGAUGGUACCUUAUGUCUUCCACAGACAUGGAUGUUCAAAGCCAUGAGAGAAGCUGUUGGAUGUCUCGAUAAAAGUAUCGAUAUAUUACAUUUUAUAGAAAACCUUCCCACAAUAGAGGAAAGAGUCGAGGCACAUAACAAAAUAGAAGCAGUUGAACAAAGGGCAAUGGAUGAGAUGCAACCUCAGUCCGGGCUUAUAGAACUGUUCCAAUAUCUCAACGACAAUGAUGUCAGUAAAAGUAUCUGUACAAGGAAUUUAAUUAAACCGGUCAACUACUUAAUUGAUUCAUUUGUUCCUACCGAACUUAAUGAGUUCAAAUGUAUAGUAACUAGGGAGUUUCAACCACCAAAACCUAAACCUGACCCUUUACUGCAUAUUGCGAGACGUCUGAAUAUAAACCCUUCCGAAAUGGUGAUGGUUGGUGAUUCUAUUGACGAUAUGCAAGCUGGCCUAGAAGCAGGUUUUACCACAAUUCUACUGGAAAACGAUGUAAACAAACAUCUUACAAAGGAUACGACGUUAGUUCAUUACAGUGUCAAGAAACUCUCCGAUAUAAUUGAUCUUUUAGGCUGUAUAUAA